AUGGCCUCCCUCGCGCGUCUCGCCGGUCGGCUCUCGACGGGGCUCGCCGUGCUGUUUCUGACCUCGUGGACGGCCACCGCGUUGAGCUUCACCGCCAUCAACGUCCUCAACACCGAAGCCACCAUCGUGGGCACCCUCGCCUCCAGCAGCUUGGUGACCUUCCUCGUCUGCCGCCUGCUCGUCCGCUUUCAGUCCCACGACGGCACCCUCGCGCACCUUCUGGCCACGGCCCAUCAUGGCUCGCGUCGUGGGGCGCUGGUCCACCUCGUCUUUUGCGGCACCUGGCUGUACGAGCUGCUUGCCAAAGGCGUCCUCCUGCUUUUCCUGACCUUCGUCGGCGGCGUCCUGGCCACGGUCAUCUACAACGACCCCAACCUGGAGAAUCUGACCACCACUACACCCACCCCCGACCAGCCGGACACGCCUACUACAGCUCUGGCGGAGAUUGACGAGUUCAAGGACAAGACCGGCUUCGAUCCCACCCAACUGUUCCGAUGGAUCCCGCCUCAGGCUGUGGUGUAUUGCAUCGGACUUCUGUGGGUCAACUUUCUCAGCUUGGGGCUGUAUAUCUUGGGCCAUGGGUUGAAGUCGUUGGGUCGCGUGUUG